AAAAUAAUGUGUCGUUAGCUCACACAGGGCAAAACGACACGACAGACGAUACUGAUCAUCACGCCGGUAUCAGCAAUAAGCCGAUACCAAAACAAAAAGAUCAGAGUUUACAUUUACAAUAAAUUGCGGAACAGGUGAGAGAAAAAUGGAAAAGCGACGAGCUUGUAUGCUGCUAUGUCAAUGGAGUUUUACAAAGGCUAUUUCCAAUCGAUCUAUUCAAAACUAUGAAAAAAAGUGCACGUCAUUUAGCUCAUACACAAAGCAGCAUAGUCACAACAUCCUUUCAUCUUCUAACAUCCCAAUAGAUUGUAGAGUGCUUCAUCGGGCUUUGUGUUUCCAAAGAAGCUCAAACCAAGUGAUAAGAUUCUAUGGAUCGGCGCCUCUUGAAAGGAGUGCAUCAUUCUCAGAAAUAAAGUCUGAGGAUAUCAACUACUUUAAGAGUAUCUUGGGGGAGAAUAAUGUAAUACAGGACCCAGAUAGGCUUCAACCAGCAAACACAGAUUGGAUGGACAAGUACAAAGGCUCAAGCAAGCUUAUGUUACUACCCAGGAGCACCGAAGAGGUUUCUCAUUUAUUGAGAUACUGUGACUCUAGGAGCCUGGCUAUCGUCCCUCAAGGAGGAAAUACUGGCCUCGUUGGUGGAAGUGUGCCUGUCUUUGAUGAGGUUAUUAUCAAUAUGAGUUCCAUGAACAAGAUCAUAUCUUUUGAUAAGGCCAGUGGUAUACUGGUUUGUGAAGCAGGAUGCAUUUUGGAGAAUCUGGAAUCUUUCUUGGAUAAUGAAGGAUUUGUGAUGCCUCUUGAUUUGGGAGCAAAAGGAAGCUGUCAGAUCGGUGGAAAUGUCUCGACUAAUGCUGGUGGUUUACGUUUGGUUCGUUAUGGAUCUCUGCAUGGAAAUGUUUUAGGCAUUGAAGCUGUUUUAGCAAAUGGUACCGUGAUGGACAUGUUGGGCACUUUGCGUAAAGACAACACUGGGUAUGACUUGAAGCAUUUAUUUAUAGGGAGUGAAGGGUCACUUGGUAUUGUAACAAAAAUUUCCAUUCUUACCCCCCCAAAGCUCUCUGCUACAAAUGUUGCCUUUUUAGCAUGUAAUGAUUAUUUUAGCUGUCAGAAACUUCUAUUUGAAGCCAGAAGAAAACUUGGGGAGGUCUUAUCAGCUUUCGAAUUUUUGGACAGUCAUGCAAUGGAUGUGGUUUUGAAAAAUUUAGACGGUAUAAGAAAUCCAUUGCCUCCCUACAACUUCUACGUUCUGAUUGAGACGACAGGGAGUGAUGAAUCAUACGAUAGAGAGAAGCUUGAGACGUUCCUGUUUCGCUUGAUGGAAAGUGGUUUGAUACUAGACGGUGUGGUUGCACAAGACAUUAAUCAAGUAUUGUCAUUUUGGCGUAUUCGUGAGGGUAUACCAGAAGCAUUGAUGAAGUCUGGGGCUGUAUACAAGUAUGAUUUAUCUUUGCCUUUGGAGAAAAUGUAUGAUCUUGUUGACGAAAUGCGAGCACGCCUUGGUCACCCAGCCAAUGUUGUGGGGUAUGGUCAUCUGGGAGAUGGAAACUUGCAUCUCAAUAUAACUGCUCCUCAUUAUGAUGAUGCUAUUUUAGCACAAAUUGAGCCAUAUGUUUAUGAAUGGACAUCUAAACAUCGUGGGAGUAUCAGUGCUGAGCAUGGGAUUGGACUGAUGAAAGCAAACAAAAUCCACUACAGCAAGCCACCUGAAGUGGUGCAAUUAAUGGUGUCGAUUAAGAAGUUAAUGGACCCAAAUGGCAUUCUUAAUCCAUAUAAAGUUCUCCCUCAUCAUCUUAGUGCCAACAACUGAGGGCGUUGCAGGCUAAGAACAAUUUGUGAAAUUUCUCAAAAGGACGAUUCAAAACAGAAGAGAAUGAUGUAUAGCAUAAACACCAGGAGCAGGAAAAAUAAAAUACUGAAAUGAUUGUUAUCAACAGCUGUAUGAUGGAGAAUUUAAUUGUUGUACUCCAUUGCUCGCAAGUUGAUAGUCUUCAAUUACGCUAGAUUGUAUCUUCGCUGGUGACUGCAUAAAUCAACCAUGUGACAUGUUUUAAAAGUAUGUUUCUUUUGUGUCAAUUAAUAAUUCUAAAAACGCAUCUCAAGUCUAAUACUUUGUUUGAAACUUUGAAUAGAGGGUAUUAAAGGAUAGAAAGGGGACGGAUUUUCAGAGA